CCAUCACUUCGAUUUCAACUACAGAGACAAUUAGAUUAAAGCCAUAUUUCCCUUCCUCUCAUCCUCUGUUUCUAGUCAUUUCCAUGAUUCCAUCUCUGGGAAUGUCAAGAGGCGGUAGAUAAAGAAGUUGCAACCUCCGUGACCACACUCCUCAAGUCCUCAUAUACAUACGUCUUCCAAGUUCCAACACAGGCUUCCAUAGACUCAGAGCCUCAGAGCUACACAGAGAGAGUUUUGCAGCAAUGGAAGAGUUCACAUUCCCCAGCUUCCCACUGGAGCAAUACAACGCCAAGAAGGUCCCUUUCCCCCACUUCGCCUCCGCGUCGCCGUGGCUCGUCGUCCCCGGCAGCGGCGUCGUCGACACGGCCGUGCACGAGCACGAUCACCGGAGGAGCUUCUCGGCCGUGGAGCAGCAAGCAAACACCGGCAGCGACCACCACCACGGCCACAGCCACGGCUCGGCUCGGUUCGCCGUGGAGGACAAGAUGGACAUGCUGUGGGAGGACUUCAACGAGGAGCUCGCCCGGGCCGCGCAGCCGUGCCCGCUCACCAAGGGGACGCCGUCGUGGGCGACCGCGAAGGAGUCCUGGCUCGGCGACGGCGACGGCGGCUACGAAGACAGCGCCUUCGAGACGCGCAAGCACGCCGUCGUCCGGCGGCGGAGGAUGGGCCUGCUCAUGAUGCUCCGGCUACUCAAGAAGCUCUUCCUGGCGCACAAGUCCGGCGCCGCCCCGUCGCGGAAGGCGCCGCCGAUCUGACGCAGCUGAAAAAAAAAUCGAGUCUUUGAUGAGUGCAUCAUGAUGUAUCAGCCUAUCAUCACGUGUAUAUACGGAGGUGGUCAAUUGAUCAACAAUACAUGCUUCUCUCGGUAGCACAGGACCAAGAACUUGGUUCAGAGCUGUCGUCAGUGGGAGUGACCUUUUGGCUUUUGCUGAUGAACUGUUAUGUUUUAGAAGUUUCUCUUUGUGUAGCUGUGUGGUUGUUGAGAGCCUUGGGUUUUGCUAGAAGUUUGACGAGCUGCAAGAUCUUACUUGAAUCAGGGCAGCUAUCAGAAUUCUGCAUCGAUCAACAUUUGUAAAAUCAGGCGGAUUUUGCAUCUUUUGUCAAGUUCCUUCCUGAGCGUUCA